AUGCAGCUUCGGCCGUCUGCUAAGCCUUUAUCUGCGUCUAGGGGAAAAGAGAACGAGGUCCCAGCACCAACAGCAGGUCCAGCAGGCGUUCGAGUUGUACGUACGAGAUCGGCUUUCCCCCAAGUUCAUAUCUUCCUCAGCCCAAUCCUUCGUGUAAGCAGAUCACUCCGUGACGCCUGCGAACAACUCGAGGGCCUGCAUGAGGCCAUUCAAAGGGGACAGAAGAGGACACCGAAGGCAUUCCCCAGUACAACACCAAUCUUCUCCAGCACAGCUCCGGACUGUCUUGCGUACAGUAGAAAUCUACAGGGACCCCAGGGGACUGCACAGAUGGUCUACAGACUGAAACAGAGUUCCCCAUCGUGGGCCACCAACGUAGACUGUGCGCCCCCAGAGCUGGACGCUGGGCCUCCUGCAGUGGCACCAGCUUGUGCUCGGGGCCCUGCUGUUGCAUCAAGAACGGCAGCAACAAGUGGAUCACAGGGAUCGGGAUUUUUGCAACGUCGAGUUUCCCAGCGGUGGCGGCUAGUAGGCAACCGAGGAGGUCGGCAUACACACCAGCACCAAAGCCAGCAAGAUCAGGCUGCGAAAUUCAGUGAAUCGUCGUGUGUUCUGCAGCAGAAAGAGUACCUGGUGACUUCCUCCGUGUGCCCCGUGAACGCUUCUCCGAUUGAUGGCAUUGAAGGUGUUGACACAACAAAAGAGCCCUCCAGAGAGCCGCUCCAUUCACGGCAACCAGCUACACUCAAGCUGCACCGGUCUGGGGGAGCCGGCGUCGAUAGUUCAACUGCUGGAAAUGGGCCUAUGCAGGGCGAAAGCGUCAACACAGCUCUGCAACCAGCAGCAAAAUGGAAGGCAGGACCUCCGUGGGAUGUAGGAACACCGCAAGUGGUAGAUUUGGAGGGGGCUGCAGGCUCUUGUGGCGGCGAUGUUGGAGCCAAUAGUAGAAUAGCCCCCAGGGCUGACUGUGUUAACCCGAAUAGCACUCGCAGCAUUAGUAGCAUCUGUCGUAGGACUCGGUGGAAAUCACUACCUUUGGGCCUGCCUUGCGUCCUACCAGGCCAGCCACCACUAGACGGCUCCCGCAGCGCUUCCGAACCCGUCAAGCUGUGUGCAUCAGCAUCAUCUGUACGUUCUGGUGCUCGACGUCAAACGGAUCGAAGUGUUGAUGCAAGAUGCUGGCCCCAGUUGCUUUCACGACAUGCCACUAGACGUUCAUGUCUCUCAAGGCAUGCAGGAGCUCGUGGGCAGUCGUGCACCUCUGAUAGGGGCCAGGGAGGAGCUUACAAGAACAAGCAGUCACAAGGUGUCCCUACCUCGGAGAGCCAGCAUCAUCAGCAGCAGCGUGAGGAAAGCGACCAUGCAGACUGGGAUGAGUGCUCUAUGUCGCAGCCAGCAGACGAGCAGAACGAUGUUGCAACUUCCUGUAGCCACAGCAGCAGCACCGAAAUUAGCCUGCGGAAGGGACGAAGGGUCGCCAGUAGGCUGCAGCGAAUGGCAUCAUCCAUGGGCUGUUUCGGGGAAGCAGCGUUGCGGCGGAUAGAACCUCAGCGAGGAGGAUCUCCCGUCGUAACCUCGGCUGAACACAAAGCCUGGAGAAAGCAGCUAGAGUCCUUGCGAUUUGUGCUUCCAGAAGAUGGUUCCUUCUUCCCGCGAGGCCUGACCAACCUGAAGAACACAUGUUUUCUCAACGCAGCUCUCCAGGCCCUUGCGGGGAUCCCCUCUUUUGUAUCCACCCUCCAGGAGGGGCUUCCACCUGAGCCAGGUUAUAGUGGAGCCUUUUGGGGGCCACAGAGACUCAUCAACGAGGAGUUUGACGGAGUACAUGAAGAGACGAGUGCUGUCGCAGCUGCGGGAUGCAGCAGCACCACAGCAACUCCACCCAACGAAGACGCAACAGGCCAGCAGCAACAGCAGGAACUGCAACGGAGGCAGAUACUGCGUCAGCUGAGGCUGCAGCAGCAGAGGAGAAGGCAGCAACCCCAGAACCUCACCACCCUUGACGAAAAUCAACGGCGGCUCCUGCUGAGGGAGUUCUUCACUCUUCUGUGCAGACUAACGUGUUGUCCCAACGUUCGUCCUGUGGAUCGGGGUGUGGAUCCGCAUGAAGGGCUUGCAGCUCGAAGGCCCCGCCACUCCAACUCCCAAGCCACAUGCAGGACCGAAGCAUCACCACACCAACAGCAGCAGACAGCUGCGACACAGCCAGGUAGUAUCAGGCCAGAACGUUUGAGAAGGGCCCUGGUCGCACCAUUAGAAGGUCUGCUGUUGAAAGACUGCAGCUUGCAGCAGCAGCAGGACUGCCAUGAAUUCCUUAGAGGACUCAUUGAUAUUGUUCACGAGAUACUCAAAACAUGCAGAUGGGAGCGAGAAGAAGCGGCAGCAGAACAGCUGCUGCAGCUUCAGGCGGAAGUGUCCUUCUCUGCUUUACGAUCAUGUAGCCCCUCUGUAUCCGAUUCUCCACUGGCACCUUUUGAAGACAAAGAUAACCAGCAGCAAGAGCAACUCCCCCCAACAGGAUCAUCAGUCAGUGCAACAGCAGCUUCCUCUCUAUCAAGCCUCAUAUGUCCUUUGCAGAGCAGCCUGUCAGGGCCUCCAGUUGUGCAGGCACUAAAGGGGCUGCCUUCUGUGGGCUCACAGUUAGAAACCUCCGGUGAUAAGGGGACAGGCGAGCUGGCUGAAAGGAGUAAUAACGACGAAGGGGGUCUCGACCUAGCUGAGAAGAAGUGGAAGGAAUAUCUGGAAGACCAGGCAUCCCCCAUGUCAGAUUUCUUUGCUGGACAGUUAUGCAGUGAAAUCCGAUGUAGUUGUGGACGAUCGCUUUCAGUGUAUGAGCCAGCCUGGGAUCUCUCUCUGCCUCUUCCCGCCAUCGCCAGCAAGGUGUCCCUCUCGACACUACUCGAUUCAUUCUUCGGGGCGGAGGAGCUUGAAUUCCGCUGCAGCAACUGCAGAAACCCCGCUUGUACUGCCAUCAGGACCUUACGCUACACACACCCCCCGCGGGUGCUGCUGCUCCAGAUCAAACGCUUUUCAGCUGUGGGUCAGAAAAGGAGAAGCAAAGUGGAAUUUCCCCUCGAGAACUUGUCCAUCCAACUUAGCCGCGGCUCAGCGUCAUUUCGUUUAAUAGCUGUCAUAGAGCACAAGGGCAGCAGUUGCCACACUGGGCACUACGUGGCAUAUGUCCGCCGCAAACGGUUCCAGUUUCCCCAGUCAACGCCAAGCAAAAUGCACUCACAAGCCUUAGGGGCCCAGGGGGCUUCCCCACGGGGGCUUUGGGCUUCUGGAGGUUCUAGUCUCCGUCCAGACACUCCUAGGAAUUCUGCUUGCUCCCCUUCUGAGCUGCUAAAGCGCAUUGGUUUGUUCAGCAGGUCCAAUUCAAGCCUUCAGUCUCCCAUUGUCAGUCAGCCAAAUAGCCCAUCUACAAGCACACCUUCCGCUUGUGGGUCUCCUUACCAUAGCGGAGCCCAGAGACCCCAUGGGGUUUCCACACAGGAAACAUUACCGCCUACAAGGCUGCACAGAUAUGGAGGUGUGAACCAGGGAUCGAUAGAUGAUGCCUCGGAAGUAAGUAUGUGUGUUUGUGUGAAUGAGAGAAUUGGAGGUGCUGGCGGCGGAAGCAUAUUGCCUCUUUUACUACAAGACGGAUCUCGCGGCGAGCCCACAGCUCAGAAUUUAGGCUUGGGGUCAGGAUAUUACUACCAUUGGUUUUAA